GCUCAUUUUUCUGCACAGAAGCUCUUGGGCUUGGAUUUGAGCUUUGCACCUGGGCAGGGGAAAUGUCUCCUCACAUGCUGAGAGAGAAGGUGCAGCAAGUAAGAGGUUAAAAAAAUGCUCUGGCUGCAGCUUUAAAACUUAACAUGGAAGGUAUCAAACUGAAUUGGGUAGGAGGUUCCUUGUCUGGCACACGCCUUGGCAGCACAGCGCUAUCUGAUCUCAGAGGCAAUCAGACACUGGCUGGAUUGCAGGAAGCUGCCCUCCGGCAGUCAAGUCCUAACUCUGAGAAGGGCUCAGAUCCCUGACGUCUCAGGGGCAGUGUGCAGCCGGGCACAGCUCAGGAGCACCAGGGGGUAGAGUGGGUGGUGUUGUGUUCCUGGAGAUAAAUACAUUCUUUCCCUAGUUUGAUUUUCCUAGACAGUCAGCUAGGGGGAGAGUGAAGGAUGCAGUUUGGGAGAUGAGUGCCACCAAGGAGGACAGCCGGUGUCUGAAAGCAGUUCGGAUUGUCACUGACCUGUGCCGGAAGAAAAGCCUGCCCAGCCUGGAUUUGGACACCUGCAGGGGGUUCCUCCUCCUGCCUUCAGACCAGAGCCUGAGUAUCUCGGAGCCAGAGCUCUCCAUCAGCCUCCUUGCAGUGAUAGUUAGUGUGUGUGGCCUCGCCUUGGUGGCAGUUUUUCUCUUUCUCUUUUGGAAGCUGUGCUGGGUGCCCUGGAGGAACAAGGCCAUUUCUUCUAACGUCUCCCAGAGCGAGGCGGCCUGCAACCAGGAGACCAUGGCAGACAAGCUAAAGGACACAGGCACGCUUGGCUUCCUGGAGGCAGCUGUGAAGAUCAGCCACACCUCGCCGGAUAUCCCAGCCGAGGUCCAGAUGUCCAUGAAAGACCAUAUCAUGCGGCACGCUCGGCUACAGAGGCAAACAACAGAGCCAGCAUCGUCCACCAGGCACAUUUCCUUCAAGAGGCACCUGCCUCGGCAGAUGCACGUGUCCAGCAUGGACUAUGGCACAGACCUGCCCCUUGAGGCCGAGCAGCCAACCAGCAUUGGCAGGAUUAAACCAGAGCUUUAUAAGCAAAAGUCUGUGGACUCUGAGGACCCCAAGAAGGAGGCGGCAAAAACCUGUGGGAAAAUAAACUUCACCCUCAAAUAUGACUAUGAGAAUGAGACACUGAUUGUGCGGAUCCUCAAGGCCUUUGACCUGCCAGCCAAGGAUUUCUGUGGCAGCUCAGACCCCUACGUCAAGAUCUACCUCCUGCCUGACAGGAAGCGCAAGUUCCAGACGCGAGUCCACAGGAAGACUCUGAACCCCACCUUCGAUGAGUCCUUCCACUUCCCUGUGCCCUAUGAGGAGCUGACUAGCAGGAAACUCCACCUGAGUGUCUUCGACUUUGACAGGUUCUCCAGGCAUGACAUGAUAGGGGAGGUUAUCUUGGAGAACCUGUUUGAGGCCUCGGACAUUUCCCGGGAAACCUCCAUCUGGAAGGAUAUUCAGUACGCGACAACUGAAAGCGUGGACCUGGGAGAGAUCAUGUUUUCCCUUUGUUAUUUGCCAACUGCAGGUCGCCUCACCUUAACAGUCAUUAAAUGCAGGAAUCUUAAAGCUAUGGAUAUUACCGGCUACUCAGAUCCGUAUGUCAAGGUGUCUCUGCUCUGUGAUGGGCGGAGGCUGAAAAAGAAGAAAACCACCAUUAAGAAAAACACUCUUAAUCCUACCUACAAUGAGGCGAUAAUCUUUGAUAUUCCCCCAGAGAACAUGGAUCAAGUUAGCCUGCUCAUCUCCGUCAUGGAUUAUGAUAGAGUUGGUCAUAAUGAGAUCAUUGGAGGUUGCCGUGUGGGGAUCAAUGCCGAGGGCCUGGGCCGAGACCACUGGAACGAGAUGCUGGCAUACCCUCGCAAACCGAUUGCACACUGGCACCCAUUAGUGGAGGUGAAGAAAUCCUUCAAAGAGUGGCAAGGCCGAGCAGCAAGCUUCGACAGCCAAGGCUCAUGUCCAUCUCCUAAGCCACCUCCCACACCAUGAGCCACUGAAGCAGUGGAUUAGAAUGGAACUAAACAAAGUUAUUUUGCACUUGUCCUACAGUCUGAACAACUUGUUGCUGAGUGGCAACAGUGAGGCGUUCCAGGCCUAGUUGUUCCAACGUAGGUAAAGGCAGAAGAAACACUUUGUGGUCAAAUUUGUCUUGGUCUGUUAUGUCUCCCAAGAUGAUGUUUGUGGUUUGCAUUUUAUGGAUCUGCUGCCCGAGGAAGAAGAUGGAAUAAAACAUGAGCUGGGAGGUUGGUCUGUAAAAUAAUGUGUAAAAUGCUGGACCAGUAACAGAGACCUUCUCAGCCUAUCUGCACACCGAUGACAUGCCCCAGGGAAGAGGCAUGGGGAGAAGCAUGCUGCUGCAUUUUCUGACUGAUUGGAACCGUAUAAAUAGAAGCCUUGAUUAGACUUCAUGUGACCAGCUCUUUAUUAUUGUGAUCAAUCUGAAUUCAGCCACAUGUUUACAGGUUUCUUAUUCACGUAGAAAUGUUCAUGAGCCUUUCAAAGUUUGUGCCGUGUGUACCCCAAACUUCCUUCUGUGAUGUAUUGAAGAUUUGUUGAUUCCUCAGGGAAAAUGAUCCAUUUUCUGUAUUCUCACUAGGGCCAUUUGCAUGAACACAGUUAUAGAUCAUAGAAUAUCAGGAUUGGAAGGGACCUCAGGAUGUCAAUCUAGUCCAACCCCCUCCUCAAAGUAGGACCAAUCCCCAAUUUUUGCCCCAGAUCCCUAAAUGGCCUCCUCAAGGAUUGAACUCACAACCCUGGGUUUAGUAGGCCAAUGCUCAAACCACUGAGCUAUCCGUUCCCCCCGACCCCUGUCUGCUACUGCUGCUUGUUCCUCUGUGACGUCACUUGUCUGAUGCGGAGUGAAGAGUACUGUGUUGACACAAGCAGGGUUCUGAUGUGAGGUGGGAAAUGGGCUAUAGGAGCAGGUGAAAGUCUUGCAUAAACACUAGAUCUUUAUUUUUAUAAAUGAUCCUUAGCAGUACAGCGUGAGAGAAUACAGGGGAGCACAAAAAAUAUAAACAAGUUUUUUUUUAAUUUUUAAAGCUUUAAAUUAGGGCUGUCAAACAAUUUUUAAAAAAUCACAAUUCAUCAUGAGAUUUUUUUAAAAAAAAGUUGUGAUUAAUCGUAAUUUUAAUUGCACUGUUAAACAAUACUAGAAUCCAUGCUGAAUUUCAAUUGGUAAGCAUGUCCUCUGGAAUGGUGGUGGAAGCACGAACGGGUAUACAAAUGUUUAGCAUAUCAAGCACGUAAAUAUCUUGCAACGUCAGCUACAACAGUGCCAUGCAAACGCCUGUUCUCACUUUCUGGUGACAAUGCUGCCCGCUUCUUAUUGACAAUAUCUCCUGUAAAUGUAAACAAGCUUGUUUGUUUUAGCGAUUGGCUGAAAAAGAAGUAGGACUGAGUAGACUUGUAGGCUCUGAAGUUUUACAUUGUUUUUGUUUUUGAGAGCAGUUAUGUAACAUUUCUAUAUUUGUAAGUUGCACUUUCAUAAUAGAUUACAUUACACUACUUGUAUGAGGUAAACUGAAAAAUACUUUUGUUUCAUUUUUAAUGUAAUAUUAAAAUGAGCACUGUACACUUUGUAUUCCAUGUUGUAAUUAUAUAAAUAUAUUUGGAAAUGUAGAAAAACAUCAAAAAUAUUUAUAAUAAAUUGAUAUUUAUUGUUUAAAUUUAACAGUGUGAUUAAAACUGUGAUUAAUUAGAGGUUUUUUAUUGUAGCUAAUUUUGUGUUAAUCUCUUGAUUUAAUUGACAGCCCUACUUUAAAUUUUUCCAUAAAUUGUAAGCAGCUACUUAAUAAGAGAAGUGUCUAAAAUCUCAAACCAAGGUAAAAGUCUGUUGUGAAUAAUGAAUGGUUGCUAAUGCCACUACCUGCAAGAUCCAGAAAAUGAUGUUACCACAUCUCAAUGUACCAGGUUUUUGAAUCCUACAAAGUCAGCUGGUAUUUAUCAGCAAAUGGACUUUUUGAGACUUUUAAUCUUGGACUUCUGUUCUCUAAGUUGCUAAAUACAUUAGUGUUUGUUUCACUGAUAUUAAACAAUUUUGGGCAGUCAUCCCCUUCCUCUCUAAUCACCAAUGUACAGGUACGGUGACUCAGGUUAGCAAGCACCUGAGCCAGCAAUCAGUUUCCAGCUCAGCCUCAUUUCCCCUAAAUGUCACACCAUGCACUAGUCUAUACUGUGCAUCAUGAUUGACUGAUCUGAAUGUUCUAGACUUGUAUGUAUAUCUUUGCUGGGUGAGAGGAGGAAGCCUUUGUUCGGUGAAGCACAAAUACCUAACUUCUCACUAGACUUUGUAUCUUAAUACUCUGUGUGCCACAUGCUAAAGGAGCAGAAACUCAAUAAAAGAUUUGAUUUGUAA